UUGGUGAGAGGUGCCAGGAGAGAUCAACAAGUGAGCGCAGGUCCGCGCACCGUCCGCAGAGCAAUGGACUUUUAGUUAUUCCGAGAUCUUUUACCAAUAUUGUUUGAAGCGACGGCUGAUCGACGUCAAGAGAAGAAGAAGAAGAAGCAGCAGUAGCCGUCAGAGAAAAUAAACAACAAUAACAAAGACAAUACAAAAUAUUGUUGCAUAUUUAAAUGCGUGUAUAUGUGUAUGUGUGUGUGUGUGUUUGUGCGUAAACCGGAAGUGAUUAAUAAACGGAAACGGAUAUAAAAAAAUAACGAACUCCAUUAGAGAAAUAAAGAUAUUCCUCCAUAAUUGUUACUUCAUAGAUCGCGUGUGCCACAGAAAUUGCAAAAAAAAAAAAAAAGCGUGCCAGCCAAAUUGGCCAUUUUCGACUUGGCCGAUUGCAUUUUUGGUAGUUGUUGUUGUUCCUCGUUGUUGUUGUUGUGGUUUUUGGCCAACGUCAAAUUCGAUUUUUAUGACUUUUGAAAGCGUGACUAAGACGUGAUUUAUGAUGGCGUGUGGUUUUUAAUAUUCAUGUGGACGCGCUCCGAACCUCUCAACCUGCGUAGGUGCGCCAAACAAUAAAAAAAAAAUACGAAAAAAAAACGAAAAAAAUAAAAAAACGAAAAAGCAAAGCAGCAACAACAAGAGGUCCGGCAAACCAGCAACAUCUGAGCCCCCAGGCCUCUCGAGGAGGAGGUGAAUUCAUUUCGAUAUCCAGCUGAGAGUGUGCGUGGAUUCGACUUUUUUAUGGAGGCAGUUAAGCAUUUGAGUGCCGCUGCUGCUGCUGCUGCUGCAACAUCCAGUGAUAUGCCAGCCAAAACGCCAGCAACACCAGCCACCGAUAUUGCAGAGGUGCUGGUCGAUUUCGAGGCAUCCACAUCAUCCAGUCAUGCCCCAGCGAAGCACAACAGCAACAAACUAAACGCCACAACGUCGCACUCGAAAUUGGAAAUCAAACUAGAACACCCGAAGAACGACAGCAGCAGCAACAGCAGCAACAAGGGCACACCAGCAACAUCCCCGAUUGCCGGCAAGACGACCAGCAAUGCCGCCAUCGCCGCUGCCACGGCAACAGCUGCUGCGGCAACCAACGACCUGGCUGCAGCGGCCGCUGUUGUCCUGUCGCUGCAAGGAACCAUGGUCAGCAGCCUGCAACAGGCCGCUCUGUUGCCGGCCAACUCUGCAGCAGCAGCAGCUCUUAACCUGCAGGCUUUGGAAUCCUAUCUGGCAUUGCAGCGCCUCACCGGGAAAUCGGAUGUCUUCCGCUUCGCCAGCAACAGCAGCAGCAACAACAACAACAGCAGCAGCAACGCCAGCAACAGCAGCAGCGCCAGCAACAACAACACGGCCAGCAACAUCAGCGAAUCGGACAACAAUCCGCUGCCAUCGCUAAUAGACAUUGCCAACAUAGAACUGAAGUCCAGCUGCUCCUCCAGCUCCUCGGGCGAGCAGUCUAUGACAGGAUCCACCUCGGCAGGGGGCGGGGCAGCCGGAAGGUCGGAGCCAUCAUCCUCGACCGGCAGCGCCACGAGCGGAGGCAGCAACUCCAACAGCAGUGCCACUGCGACCAAAUGCCUGCCACUGCCGUCGAUUGGAACCGUUAGUGCUGCGGCUGCUGUGGCGGCUGCUGCAGCGGCAGCAGCUGCUGCUGCGAAUCAACAGGCCGCCCUCGACUGUGCCACCGCAGCGGAAUUGGCGGCCGAGUGCGAUCUGCCGCUGUUGGAUGCCGAGGAUGCAUUGUCCUUCGAGGCGGGAGAGCUGGACAGCAGCUACGGCAGUUUCAUUUUCAAUCCCUCGGCUUUCGGGCAAGCGGACGCCGACUCGGCCCUGCACUCCCUGCAGGCCACAAUGUAUCAGGAUAAGAUGAGCGUCAUGGCCGGAGGUGGUGGUGGCGUCGGAGGAGGGUGCGUCGAGGAGGCGGGCAGCUCGAAUGCGGCAGCUGCAGCAGCAGCAGCAGCAGCGGCAGCAGCUCAGCGGUCCAAGAAGCAGUUCAUCUGUAAAUUCUGCAACCGGCAGUUCACCAAGUCGUAUAAUCUGCUGAUCCACGAGAGGACCCACACGGACGAGAGACCCUACUCCUGCGACAUCUGCGGCAAGGCCUUCAGGCGGCAGGAUCAUCUGAGGGAUCAUAGAUACAUCCACUCCAAGGAGAAGCCCUUCAAGUGCGCCGAAUGCGGCAAAGGAUUCUGCCAAUCGCGCACCUUGGCGGUCCACAAGAUCCUGCACAUGGAGGAGUCGCCGCACAAGUGCCCCGUCUGCAAUCGCUCCUUCAACCAGCGCUCCAACCUGAAGACCCACCUGCUCACCCACACGGACAUCAAGCCGUACAACUGCUCCUCCUGCGGCAAGGUCUUCCGGCGCAACUGCGACCUGAGGCGCCACAGCUUGACGCACAAUCUGGCCGCCGGAGUGGGCGGCGGCGUAGGCGGCAAUCUGAGUGAUUUAUUUGCUUCCGGUUCGAGCUCCAGCUCGGAUCUGGGACUACCAACAGGAUCCACCACCACUUCGGCAUCCCCCAGGGACCUGGUGGCCGUCAGCGAUUGAUCUUCCUUCCCCGCAAGGACUCUCCACUCAAAAAAAAAAACAAAAUAUUAAUCUCAAUUGCAGCUCUCAUAAUUACGAAUCCCUCCACGUUGUGUCUGAUCUGUGUUUUGCUCAUAUAACCUACGUACUAGUACUAACUAAAACAAGCAUUUAACUUAGAUUAGGAUUAGGAUUAGACUAAGACUAAGGCCUAGACUAAGCCAUGGAUAUUUGUCACGUAAGCUUAGCUGGAAAGUAUGACUUAUAUGCUUAGAAACUACAAUAAGUUUUAAGUUUAAGAUUUAAGAUUUGAAUGUCGACUCUGAUUUUAAUGUCGAAUAAAUGAUUUUAGUUUAAAGAGAA